CAUUUCACACAGAAUAUGUUAAAUUCUGACUAGCUGUCGACGUAUACAAAUACUCUCGGUGCGAAUGUCAUUUUUAUUUUAUACAAGUCUUUAGAAAACUAUAGAAAACACUCUUGGCUCUGGACCUAUUUACAAAUCGUGCACAGCGCUAAAGGAUGGGCCCCGAAGGGUCCAUAGACAUCUGCGCGAAGGGCAGCGGUCGGGUGGAAACCGUCACCCUGCGCCAGAACGAACAGAUCCGGAACCUGCGCGUCCUGGUGGCAGUGCGCUUUGAGCAGGCUAUUUCUCGGAUCAUCCUGGUCUUCGCGGGCCAGGUGCUGAGUGACGAGGGGACCAUCGACAGUAGGGGGAUCGUCUCCGGCGUCACUGUGCACGUGGUUUGCCGGGCGGAAGUAACAAGCUCUCCAUCGCCGACGCCGAUCACGGCCACAAAGCGUUCCAAGCCGAGCGAGCGCCUCAUGAGAUCCUGGCAGUCGGCCCACAUAGCCUAUCUGCAACAAGCGCCCGAUGUGCUGAGAAGCCUGCUACAGGCUGAUCCGCGAAUCCGGAGUCUGCUCGAUGAGAAUGCGGCCAUGCGCCACUACUUGAACAGCGACCAGAACCUACGGGAGAUGCUUUCGUUGGCCUUCAGCCCGGCCAAGCAAGAGCUGGGACGCCGCCGCGACCUCCACAUAUCACGCAUGGAGUUUGUGCCUGGCGGGUACAAGGUCUUGAGCCGACUGAACUACUGCAUGCUACAGGCCUACGAAGACAACGUGGCCAUGUCCUUUCAGCAGGCGUCACAAGGCGCUAAGACGUCCUCGAACCCCCAGCGAGGUCUCGAGGUGAAGGACCCGCUCCCAAACCCAUGGCUUCGCAUGCCGCGCAGCCGAAACCCGAGGACAUGUGCUCUGCCAAGACGUGUCAACAAGGGACGAUCUUCUGUUAAGCAGAGCGACCCUGAUGCCGAUUGCAGGCAGAAGAGCUCAUCGAAGGUGACGACUUCUACUGCAACACAGACCAUGUGCAAGGGCCGUCGAUCCGGUGGUGAGGGACACUGCCAGCACUGCUACCAGACCCAGGUGGAGCAGUUGGCUCAGAUGGGCUACAGCAACCGCAGUCGAAACAAACGCGCUCUGCUCAUAUCUCUGGGCAAUGUUGAUUGCGCUGUAAGACUACUGGACCACUGGAAUCGGUUUUUGGAGGACUGAACUCCAUUUGUACUGCUUUUGAUUUGUUUCGUUUUUGGCUGAGGUUAUCUGACGCCUAUUGAUAUGCACAAUAAAUAUGCACAAAAAAAUGAAA